AUGCAGACCUUACUAUCAAGGAAGAUGCUAGUCUAUGCUUUACUUCAGUUGACAAUACUGCGAUCAUCUUUAGGAUAUGUGAUACCUAAAGACAAAUUAUAUAUCGGAAACGAUGCAAAAUUAUUCAAAGAGGAUGAAAACGGCAAUGAUAGUUAUAAUUAUAGUCCCAAUACACCCCAGGUUGAUGAUGAUGAUGAUGAAUAUAGUGAGUUUGAAAGCUUGGAAGUUAUGGCCUACGUAUUAUUAGCAUUUAUCCUCCUAUUGUUGGUCCGUGAAAUCAUUUGUGAGGUUGUCAUAUUUAUAAAUAGAAGAAUCACGCUAGCUCGAUCUAAUAGGAGAAUAUCAUUGUUUAGUGGUGAAGAAUAUGAUGAUCAAGAAGCCCAAACUAACAUUGAUAAUAAUAACCAUAGUACACACUUGCCUUCUCGAUUCAAUAUAUUCAGUCAUUUCUAUACCACCAGAGGAACUAACGACUCUGCCACUACUACCGCUACAACAAAUAAUAAUAAUGACAUCACCGCUUCGUUGGACACUAGUGCCAUGAAUUACCUUGAUGAUAGUCUAAAAAUUCAAUAUAAAUUAAGUGACCUAAGCCCUGAAGAACAAUUCUAUUAUAAACAAGGUGAGGAUUUCUUAAAGCAAUCUCCACCUUUCAUUAUCCCAUCAAAGGCACUCACAAUAGGUGAAGAAACAACAUCUUCUGAUGAAUUAGUUAUUAUUGAUCCGAUCAUAAAUCAACAAACAAAACAAUUCAUUGAAGAAGAAGGUGCCGGAGCAUGGGAAUUCCAACCAAAUUCAAAUUUACCAAAUGAUACCAUAAUAAUAGAAAACAAAACUGAAAUAACAUUCUUAAAUUACAAUUACGACGCCUCUAUUAUGACAAAUUUACCAAUACCAUGCAUCAAACAACAAAAAGUUUACUACUUAGAAUUCAAAAUCUUUGAAUUGGAAAAUUCAAACUCAACCACUACAUUAGAUUAUUCAAAUAAUGAAAUCUUAUCCUUCGGUCUAGCUACCAACCCAUACCCAUAUUUCAGACUCCCAGGAAGACAUCAUCAUUCCAUAUCAUAUGACUCAAAUGGAGCUCGUAGAUUCAACGAUUCAUUCAAAUUACCCUCAGAACUAUCAAAUAUUUUCCCACAAAUGGAAAGAGGUGAUGUAAUAGGAAUAGGAUACAGAGUCAGAAGUGGGACAGUAUUUUUCACCAGAAAUGGUAAAAAAUUAAAUGAAAAACCUAUAGGGGGCCACAUCAAAAAUUGGAAAUUGAAAUAUAUAUACCCUAUCGUUGGGACCAAUGUACCUUGUAAGAUUCAUGUCAAUUUGGGUACUUAUGGAUUUGUGUUCACUGAAGCUAAUGUCAAGAAAUGGGGGUAUGCUAAGUCUCAUGGGAAAAAGUUGCCUCCUCCCUCAUAUGAUGAAUAUGCGAAGGAUACCCUCAUAGGUUCAUAUCAAAAUCAAGAUGACGAGGAUGAUGAUGAUGAUGAAGAAGAAGAGGAAGACAGUGACGAGGAAGUAAAUGAUUAUGAACUUCAUACUGAAGACGAUGAUAAUAGUGACGAUUCCGGUGAAGAAGGUGAAGAUCCAACCGAUGAUGCUAACAGCAGUAUAUACAAUGGUUUAAGAAAUGAUGAGGGCGAACUAUUACCACCUCCACCAGGAUUUGAAUUCAGUACAACUCCUGAAUCAAGAAUCAUAAGUGAAGAAAUUAAUUUGAAUUCGUUGCCCGCUGAACCUCCAAGAUAUUCACAAGAUUUUAAUCAAUACUCCGGUGCAAAUGGGAAGGGUAGAUUGUUACCAAGUGAAGGACGUAGUAAAGAUCUAAUGAAAACUGGAUUUUCAUUAGAUGAAAUUUUUACUCCUUCUAAUAAUGAAACGAAAUCAUCCCAGCACGAUGAUAAUGACGAGAUUACUGAUGAGGCUCAAUCGGAUGAUAGUUUACAAAACUUAAUCAACGCCCAAGCCUCCUCUUCCACUAGGACGGAAGGGGCAGAAGAAAGUGAUAGUGAUACGUUUGAAGAAGAAGAGACGAAUGAAUUGCAACAUCUAAUUGACAAUUAUGAGUAA